AUGUUUUCUCUCCGUCCAGUCACCCGCGCCGCCUCGUCGCGGACGCCUUUCAUCCGCUCCUCCGUGCCUCAGAUUCGCUCUUACCAUGAGAAAGUACUCGACCACUACUCGAAUCCCCGGAACAGCGGCUCUCUGGACCGCAAGUCCGCCUCCGUUGGAUCUGGCCUUGUUGGCGCCCCUGCGUGCGGUGAUGUGAUCAGACUCGAUAUCCAGGUCGAUGAGGCGACGGGGACGAUUGUGGAUACGAAAUUCAAGACUUUCGGGUGUGGUUCGGCGAUUGCGAGCUCGAGUUAUUUGACAACGUUGAUCAAGGGGAAGACUUUGGAGGACGCCGCGAAGAUCAAGAACACCGAUAUUGCAGCCGAACUAUGCCUUCCGCCCGUGAAGCUGCACUGCUCCCUUCUCGCUGAGGAUGCCAUCAAGGCUGCUAUUUCGAAUUACCACUCGAAGAGAGCGAGCGUUGGUGCCGCGGCUACGAAUCUGGCUGGGACUGCUAAGGCUUUCGCUAAGGAGGCUUGA